AUGUCCGUGGAUUCCAAACGCAGCUCUGAACUCAAGAAGGAGGACCUUGAGGAAAAACGCGACCUUGAAUCCCCAAUUGGCGCCCACUAUGAUCCUGAAUUCGUCAGAAAAACAUUGCGUCUCGUAGACUGGCGUAUGCUGCCUCUCCUUGGUUUUCUAUAUUCAGUCGCCCUCAUCGAUCGUACCAACCUGGGUAUUGCAAGAGCUGCCGGCAUGGAGAUCGAACUUAAAUUGUACAUCGGGGAACGUUACAGUAUUGCUUCAAUGAUUUACUUCAUCCCAUAUAUCAUAUUACAAAUUCCUGGCAACAUCGUACUUCGAUGGAUCGGCGCACGAACCUGGCUCACAAUCUGCGUGGUUGGUUGGGGCAUAGCACAGCUCGGAAUGGGUUUCGUUAAGACCUGGGGCUGGCUAGUGUUUUGCCGUGUCUGGCUUGGUGUAUUUGAGGCGGGCUUCUUCCCAGCACUGGUUUUUAUUAUAACUACCUGGUAUAAGCGGCAUGAAGUUCAAAAGCGGCUCGCGAUAUUUUACCUUAUUUCCAUCCUCCUUGGAGGGUUUAGUUCCCUUCUUGCAUUUGGCAUCGCGCAUCUGUCUGGAAGGGGAGGCUAUCUUGGUUGGUCGUGGAUAUUCAUCAUUGAAGGGACAGUUACUAUCGUUCUUGGGAUCCUUGCAUGGCUUUUUGUUCCCGACUUUCCAGACAAGAGUACCUUCGUGACUGACGAACAACGCAAGAUGAUUUUGGAUCGAGUGGAAGCCGACCGCGGGGAUUCAAUUCCUGACAAAAUGACGACUGCCAAACUCUUCCAUCAUUUAAGCGAUCCUAUCGUUUGGAUCAUGGCUCUGAUGUUUUUGUGCUCGACAAUGCCUGCAUAUGCUCUUGGGUUCUUCAUCACCAUCAUUUUAAAGAGCAUGGGAUACAGCACCUUCAAGUCCCUUGUCUUAACUUGUCCCCCCUAUGUUUUUGCUGCCAUAAGCACCUUUGUAUUCGCCUACAUUUCGGAUAAAUCCAAACAGCGAGCACUGUGGCUUGCUGUCCAAAAUCUUAUAUGCAUCACUGGCUUGUUCAUAACGGCCUACCAUAAGAAAGACCCAGUUCGGUACUUUGGUCUUUUCUUGGUGAACGCUGGUGCAUCUGGAUGUAUUCCAGGUAUUCUUGCAUAUCACUCGAAUAACAUCACGGGACACACAAAACGCUCUGUCUCUACAGCAGUUAUCAUUGCAGCUGGUGGCGUAGGCGGUAUUUUUGCCACGAUGGUAUACCGACAGAAAGACUUCCCAAAAUAUAUGCCAGGAAUGUGGGCUACUAUCGGCUGCCAAUUCUGCAUGUUUAUAUGUCUUGGAAUCACGACAGCAGUGUUCUGGCGUCGAAACAAAGAAUAUAAAGAAGGAAAGCGAGGUCCUUUGGAAAGCACACCCGGUUUCUACUAUACUCUAUAG